AUGGCAUCUGACACCCACCAUGUUAAAAAACGAAACUUCUCUAAUAGUAUUGAGGAUCAUCCCAUUGAUCUUCCUAGAAAGAGGAUCUCUAAUUUCAUUAGUAAGAACAUGAAGGAGGUUAAGAAAUCUCCAAAACAGUUGGCUGCUUACAUAAGUAGAACAGUUGGACAAGCUGUGAAAAGCCCAGAUAAACUGCGCAAGGUGCUCUAUCACAAAAAGUUAGUUCGUCAUCCCUUUCCAAAUCCUUGUUACAGAACUAAGCAGUCCCCUAAAAGUGGGGGCUGUGACAUGGCAAAUAAAGAAAAUGAACUGGCUUGUGCAGGCCAUCUGCCCGAAAAUUUGCGCCAUGAUAGUCGAACAUUUGUAGUUAAUGCCAGUGAUUCUGGGUCUUCACAGACAGAAAGCCCAUCAUCAAAAUAUAGUGGUUUCUUUUCUGAGGUAACUCAGGACCAUGAGACAAUGGCCCAAGUUCUAUUCAGCAGGAAUUUGAGAUUGAAUGUAGCUUUGACUUUCUGGAGAAAGAGAAGUAUAAGUGAACUUGUAGCUUAUUUAGUGAGGAUAGAAGACCUUGGAGUUGUGGUAGAUUGCCUUCCUGUUCUAACCAAUAGUUUACAGGAAGAAAAGCAAUAUAUCUCACUUGGCUGCUGUGUAGACUUACUGCCUCUAGUAAAAUCUCUACUUCAAAGCAAAUUUGAAGAAUAUGUAAUAGUUGGCUUAAACUGGCUUCAAGCAGUAAUAAAAAGGUGGUGGUCAGAACUCUCAUCUAAAUCAGAAAUUACAAGUGAUGGAAAUAUUAAGCUUUUAAAGCAGCAGUUGAAUGGAUUAUGGGAACAGGAAAACCAUCUUACUUUGGUUCCAGGAUAUACUGGUAAUAUAGCUAAGGACGUAGAUGCUUAUUUAUUACAGUUACAUUGAGAGAUUUCAUCUUCUAAAGAGUAUUUGGCUAUUCAAACAGUGCUGGAUUAUAUGAUUUCCAGAAGUAGGUCUCUCCUGAGAACUGUGAACUGUUGAAGAAAUAAAACCAAUUUUUUCUUUUAAAAAGCCACAUAAUAAAACCACUAAUGAAAUCCUAACAAUCUACUUCACAUUGAAGUGGAAAUAUCCGGAAGGAGCAGCUUCAACUUCAAUGAGGUGAAAGUGCACUAUGAAGACUGUUCGCCUUUGCUGCACACAGAUCUCUAUGGCUGUUUGGUAGCGUUGCUUAAGAACUGCUGGGUCUUAUCUCAAUCCUGCAUAAGAAUAUCAGUUAUAGUAUGCGAAAGCAAGACAGGACUUCUUACCAGGAACUAUAAAGACCAAUCAUUAAUUUUAUUGUGUUUUAUGAAGAAACACUUAAAUGUGUGCAGCUAUUUUCUUCUGUUGAAAAGACUUCGAAAGUUUAAAACAUCAUAGUAAGUAAUAUUAAAUUUUUUUGUCCACGCUGAUACCGUGUACAAAUGCCUUAAUUAUUGAUAAGCCAAUGUGUUAUAAUACCAAUAUCUCUUUUUAAAAAUUAAAAGCAACCAUGCUUCUGGCAUGAUAAAAUCAUGGAAUUAAA